CAUAAAUAAAACAAAAGAAUAAAAAAAGGAAUAAUUAGAAUGGAAUGAGAAAUUUCUCAGCAACAAACCAAACCAUGAAACAUUCGUUGACUUGGUUCUUCUUCUAAAUCUUUCUCUCAAAACCUGUUUCCCUGCACAUUUUCAGCUGAAACUCACCAUACCCAUCUGAGAUUUCACCUCCUGAUUCCAAGUUAACAACAGGAAACAAGCAAAAGAACAGAACUUGGAGAUACACACAAUUUCGAUUUAGCCAUAUCAUCAAGUUUGCAGUGAUUUUUGGUUGGUCAACAAGCUGCUGAGGUUGAUCUUUAUUGUGUAGAUCAGCUUGUACAAAGAGGGGGAAUCAAUUGCUUAUGAAUGAUUAUGAAGGUUGUGGUGUUGUAGUUGAAGAGACAUGGAGAGAGUGAAUUCAUCUUCUAAGGCUUCAUUUCUUGUUUGGGCAAUUAUUGUGCUUGAUUUGGUGCUUAAGGCUUCUGGCAAUGCUGAAGGUGAUGCCCUCAAUGCAUUGAAAAGCAACUUGAAUGAUCCUAACAACGUUCUUCAAAGUUGGGAUGCUACCCUUGUCAAUCCCUGCACAUGGUUUCAUGUUACAUGCAAUGGUGAUAACAGUGUGACCCGUGUUGAUCUUGGAAAUGCAGACCUUUCUGGUCAGCUGGUUCCACAACUUGGUCAGCUCUCAAAUUUGCAGUACUUGGAACUUUAUAGUAAUAAUAUGACUGGAAAAAUUCCAGAUGAGCUUGGAAAUUUGACAAACUUGGUGAGCUUGGAUCUUUACUUGAACAAUUUAACUGGAAACAUACCGAGUACAUUGGGCAACCUUGGUAAACUACGUUUCCUGCGUCUCAAUAAUAAUACUUUGUCUGGAGGCAUUCCCAUGACUUUGACAAAUGUUUCUUCACUGCAAGUUCUUGAUCUCUCAAACAACCAACUAAAAGGGGUUGUCCCUGUGAACGGUUCAUUUUCAUUGUUUACCCCCAUCAGUUAUCAAAAUAAUCCUGGCCUAAUACAACCAAAAAACCCUCCAUCUGCACCACUUUCUCCGCCAUCACAAGCUUCUUCAGGUAACAGUAAUACUGGAGCUAUUGCAGGAGGAGUAGCUGCUGGGGCUGCUCUGUUGUUUGCAGCCCCUGCAAUUGCACUUGCUUAUUUGCGAAAAAAGAAACCUGAAGAUCAUUUCUUUGACGUUCCUGCUGAGGAGGAUCCUGAAGUUCACCUUGGUCAGCUUAAAAGGUUUUCUCUACGUGAGCUGCAAGUCGCAACAGAUAACUUUAGUAACAAACACAUUCUGGGUAGAGGUGGAUUUGGAAAGGUUUACAAAGGACGCCUAGCUGAUGGCACUCUCGUAGCAGUAAAAAGACUUAAAGAAGAGCGCACACAGGGUGGGGAGCUGCAAUUUCAAACAGAAGUGGAAAUGAUCAGCAUGGCUGUGCAUCGUAAUCUGCUUCGGCUUCGUGGCUUUUGCAUGACGCCUACUGAACGGUUGCUUGUGUAUCCUUUCAUGGUUAAUGGAAGUGUGGCAUCAUGUUUAAGAGAUCGUCCUGAAACUCAACCGCCACUUGACUGGCCGAUACGGCAGCGUAUUGCACUGGGAUCUGCCAGGGGACUUUCUUAUUUGCAUGAUCAUUGUGACCCGAAGAUUAUUCAUCGUGAUGUCAAGGCUGCAAAUAUAUUGUUGGAUGAGGAAUUUGAAGCAGUUGUUGGAGAUUUUGGUUUGGCAAAACUUAUGGAUUACAAAGAUACUCAUGUUACUACCGCUGUACGCGGUACGAUUGGGCAUAUAGCACCAGAGUACCUGUCAACUGGAAAGUCUUCCGAAAAGACUGAUGUUUUUGGAUACGGAGUGAUGCUUCUUGAACUAAUAACUGGACAGAGGGCUUUCGAUCUAGCACGUCUUGCCAAUGACGAUGAUGUGAUGUUGCUCGAUUGGGUUAAAGGACUUCUGAAAGACAAGAGGUUGGAAACACUGGUAGAUGCGGAUUUAGAGGGAAAUUAUAUUGAUGAGGAGGUAGAGCAGUUAAUCCAAGUGGCCUUACUAUGCACACAAGGCUCCCCUAUGGAAAGACCAAAAAUGUCUGAGGUGGUUAGAAUGCUAGAAGGUGAUGGUUUGGCUGAGAAAUGGGAGCAAUGGCAGAAAGAGGAGAUGUUCCGGCAAGAUUUCAACAGCAACAUGCCUCACCCUAGUGCAAAUUGGAUAGUAGACUCAACUUCACAUAUCCAGCCAGAUGAACUAUCAGGCCCUAGAUGAUGAUCCUUUCAACAUUCAUGUCUGUUUGUAUACGCGUUCCAUUGGCCCUUGUAUGCAUUUAUCUGGAAGCAACACAUAUUCGCUUCCAAGGUUACGCGGGUUUAAGGCAAGUCAGACGCUGUAACAAACAUAAUCUCUAUGGACAAAGUUUAUACACAUUCCUGCCUGAUAUGCUUUCUGUUGGAAAGGGAUACACUUUGAUUUGUGCAUAUGAUUUCCACUCUCUACUUUUUCCUUUCUUUUCAUCUUCUUAAAAUUAUCUUGUAUGUUCAGGUUACAUGCCAAUUGAUCAGGUUGUGAUUAUUAAAGAGAGUUUGUAAUGUGUAUUUGGUUGUCAAAUUGUGUAGGCCACAAGCAACCAUCACUUUUGUCAUUGUAUGUACGAGAAAUUAGUAUAAGAAUUUAUGGAAAUAAAUGCAAUUCUAUUAUCUGUUUCA